AUGAUUCUGGACCAGCAGGUGGGCUCUGGGCAGCUCAGUGAGGAUGUUCGUCAUAGAGUGCACGAGGCAUUACUGAAACAGCAUCACCAUCAGAACCAGAAGAAACUGAGCAAUAGGAUCCCGAUUAGAAAUGAUGAAGAAGCUGUUGUGGAUAGAGGAGGAACUCGGUCUAUUCUCAAAACUCAUUUUGAAAAGGAAGAUCUAGAAGGUCAUCGAACACUGUUCAUUGGUGUUCAUGUGCCACUGGGUGGAAGAAAAAGUCACAGGCGCCAUAGGCACCGUGGGCAUAAACACAGAAAAAGAGACAGAGAACGAGAUUCAGGAUUAGAAGACGGGAGAGAAUCUCCUCCUUUUGAUACUCCAUCACAAAGGGUGCAGUUUAUUCUUGGAACAGAUGAUGAUGAAGAACACAUUCCUCAUGAUCUCUUUACUGAGCUUGAUGAAAUUUGUUGGCGUGAAGGAGAGGAUGCUGAGUGGAGGGAGACAGCAAGGUGGUUGAAGUUUGAAGAAGAUGUAGAAGAUGGUGGGGAAAGGUGGAGCAAACCAUAUGUUGCCACACUGUCACUUCAUAGCUUGUUUGAGCUGAGAAGCUGUAUCCUGAAUGGCACUGUUUUGUUGGACAUGAGAGCUAACUCCAUAGAAGAAAUUGCAGGUAUGUAUUGA